ACAAAAACCAAACCCGUGAGGCUGUGACGCAACUUGCAAGCGAGAGCAGAUUGAAUUUGAUUCGGAAUAUGGGAUUGUAAACCGAACCGGGCCAAUCCAUCAACCCGUAUCCAACAGUCAUCGUCUUAAACCCCAACACCAAACCCAACGCAGAAACAAAACCAAAAGGGUUUUAAGUAUUUUGGUUGUGGAAGAAGAUCCAUAAAGCCUCCGACUUUGCCGGGAAAAAUGGCGAGCAUCGUCUCCAGGAACACCAAUUCUCUUCGCUCUCUACGCUUUAACACUCUCACCCGAUGUCGGUCGCUGUCGCCAUUGCCGUCGCCACCGCUUGCCGACGGUCUCCAACAUCGUCCACCUCUUUCGCUACUUCAAUCGUUAUUACCCAAAGCGCUUGGAACGCUGUCCUUAGUCACGUAUCAGAGAUGUCUAUUUUCGACCUCUACUUCAGCAAGUGUAAACCAAGGAAAUGAAACAUCAAAAACAGCCGGAGAAGCCAAUUCUGGUAAAGAGGACAAGUCUGGGGAAUCAAAUCAGAGCAGUGAAUCUGGGAAACCAGUCCGUGGAGGGCCUGUUUCGUGGUUGAGUUUUCUUUUGCUGGUAGUUACUGGAGCUGGAAUUAUCCUCUACUAUGACAAGGAAAAGAGACGACAUAUUGAAGAUAUAUAUAGUGCUUCAAAGGAAGUAAAACAAGGACCUGGUGUGGGAAAAGCUGCCAUUGGAGGCCCGUUUAAGCUUAUCAACCAUGAUGGGAAGAAUGUAACCGAAAAAGAUUUCUUGGGGAAAUGGACAGUAAUUUACUUUGGUUUCACACAUUGCCCUGAUAUCUGCCCGGAUGAGCUACAAAAGUUAGCUGCUGCAGUGGAUAAAAUAAAGCAGAAGUCAGGGAUUGAGAUUGUACCUGUGUUUAUCUCUGUUGAUCCUGAGAGAGAUACUGUUGAACAAGUUCAUGAAUAUGUCAAAGAGUUUCACCCAAAGUUGAUUGGGUUAACUGGUAGCUCGGAUGAGAUACGGAAUGUUGCUCGUGCAUAUCGUGUGUACUAUAUGAAGACAGCAGAGGAAGAUUCUGAUUAUCUUGUGGAUCAUUCCAUAGUCAUGUACUUGAUGGGUCCCGACAUGCAAUUUGUAAAAUAUUUUGGCAAGAACAAUGAUAUUGAGUCGCUUGCGGAUGGUAUAAUCAAAGAGAUAAAGAACUACAAAAAGUAGAAGCCUAAAUUAUGUUCUUAACAAAAUACCUGCUAUUAUUGAUUUUGGACUGUCCUUUCCCGACUUUUUUGAGUUGGUCGGCGAUUCACAUGAUGGUACUGUUCUCCGAUUGAGUUUUUAUUUGAAUUCAGAAAAUGUGAAAGGUGUAUUGAACAUUUUACCUCUGGGCGUUAUGAAGAAACCCUUGCUUUUAUUGGAUAAACCCUCGUUAUUUCAAGAAAGUUGCGUGCAAUCACAUAACAGAUGUAUACUAUAGAUUAUGCUGUUUAAUUUAAGCCCAUUUGUUUUCGUUCCUCUCUUGAGUCGGGAUUGGUUAUUUGAAUCCUCAGGAAUCAGGGCAAUAAAAUGUUUAGAAUGAUAUUAUUUGUGUCUCAUACAUAAAAUUAUGCCUGUAAUUAAUCAUUAAUAAUAUUUGCUUAGUCUUUUUUGAAGAA